AUGUCCUCCGCUUCAUCUUAUGCAUCGUCUACUGGUGCAAUGGCUUCCAGGUUGCGCACGCUAGCAUUGGGAUCGAAGCCUCACAUCAACAUUGUUCUGAACAAUGAACGUUCAUCAUACUCGACCCUAGAUAAGCUUUCUGGCAAGAUCGAGAUUGCCGUUUCUCACAGCACGAGAUUCGAUGAAAUUGACAUUCAAUUUAUCGAGAAGAUGCCCUCUGCACCUGGGCUUGCUGGCGGCAUGAGCGCUUUCCACCAGUUCCUGAAACUCCGCCAACCUAUCUCAGAGUCAAGCUACCCUCAACCAAGACUCCUCGAGCCAGGACGAAUCUACGAGUUCCCCUUUGUUUUUGUUGUUCCCCAACAGUUGCUCCCCCGUGUUUGCAAACAUGAAGUGCAGCAUGAAUCCGUCCGGGACUGCCAUUUACAGCUGCCACCGAGCUUGGGAACCGUGACAGCCCACGAUGAUAUGGGUCCUGAUAUGGCCAAGAUCCAGUACCAGAUUGCCGCUCGCAUCACCGCAACCAACGACAUUAACGGUACACCAAAGAAUCUGGCAACAAAGAUGAAGGCAAUCCGCAUUGUCCCUACAGUUGAUGAGCAGCCACCAGUCAAUGUCCUCGGCGACAGUGACUACAUUUUGAGAUCCGAAAAGUCUGUCAGGAAAGGCGUGUUCAAAGGAAAACUCGGUACCUUGGUCAUUGAAGCCGAACAGCCAAAGUCACUUCGCCUUCCCAAAUCAUACAGCCCGGAAGAAUCAACCAUCAGCACAGUUGCGACCGUCAAAUUACGAUUCGAUCCAGCCGAGGCGAAGUCGCAACCACCACGCCUAGGAAGCUUGAGCAGCAAACUCAAGACAACAACCUGGUAUGCUACUGGCGCACGCAUGGAACUCCCCAAGAGGAAGAACUGCCUUUACGACCACAGACAAGGUUUGCACUCAGUAAGCCUUGGACUUUCUUCACGCUGCAUGGGUUCUGUAGAAUGGACUUCGCGAAUGGAGUCAGCACUGGAUGACGAACACCUUGCUCGUCGCGACUCUGGUCUAUCGCAUCAAGACGUCCCCAAGUACCCCAGCCCAAGCACGAACUACAAGGGCCAGAACUUCUGGACCGCAGAAAUCGUGGUACCAGUCACAUUACCCAAGGACAAGCAUUUUGUGCCCACAUUCCACAGCUGUCUUACUUCGCGCACAUAUUCGCUCAACCUCUCACUCGGAAUCCACUCUGCUGGUGUCGGCUUCCCAUCUAUUGAGUUGAAGCUUCCACUCCAGAUCUCGGCUGAAGGCAAGGGCGAAGUUGAUAUUACAUUGCGAAACUCGUCAACUAUCGAUGAGCAAUUGGCAGGGCUCGGAUUCGAAGACGAGCUUUUCGCAGCGGAACACAGAGGCAGUUGGUCAUACAACGAUCUGGAAACCCCAGACUCCACAGACUUGCCGCCAGAGUAUGAAGCAUUUCGCAGACCUAUCGUUACCGUUGCUGGAUAA